AAAACCACUCGGGUACUCGAUAACGGGCUUAUAAAAUAGGCGGACGGAACGAAGCGGACUUUACUUAAGUAGGUUUCGUUGCAGUGCUUAAGUAGUUCGCGAAAUGAAAGCUCCCGCGGUUAUUUUGCUCCUGGCGCUAGCGUCUUGCUCUGCUUUCGUCAUCGACCCCAGAAUCGUGAACGGUACGGACGCAAGGGAAGGCGAGUUCCGAUACGUCGUGUCCCUGAGGAACAACCUUCGACACGUGUGCGGAGGCACCAUCCUGAGCGACAGGUUCGUCCUCACGGCCGCCCACUGCGUAUACGACAACGACAGAGGCCAGGCGGCCAAUCCGGCCUUAUAUUCGAUCCAGUAUGGGUCCGUGCACAUCUCGCAGACCGAGCAGAGGAGCGUCCGCGUCCAAGAAAUCAGGCUGGCGCCCUUCAACAGCGCCCGACUGACCUACGACGUGGCCGUGCUAAAGCUCGUCAGCCCAAUCCCGAACAACGGACUUUGGGAACCAGUCAGGUUGAGCCGCAAUUUCGACACUUCCUCGCAGCACAGGGGCGUGAUCGUAGGGUGGGGUAGGUUGUGGCAAAACGGGCCAAUACCGUCGACGCUUCAGAAAUUAGACGUCCAGACUUACACCAACUUCGUCUGCGGGCUGAGGUUCGAUAAUACUCAUCAUAUAUGCUUCGGGGCCACCAUCGGAGGAGCUUGCAACGGCGAUUCCGGAACGGCUCUCGUGGUCAACGGCGAGCAAGUCGGCAUAGCCUCCUUCAUUACCAGCACCUGCGGAGUGACCAGCUCCCUUACUCCCAACGUGUACGCUAGAGUACCGCACUACUACGACUGGAUCAUCAGGAAUUCGGCGAAUUAAGCGAAAUAAACGUUUCCGGUCGUUCGUUUUGAGUUUCACUUUC